GGCAAAAAUUGGAGAUGUAAUAAUCUCUCAGAUAACUUAGGUAUAGCUACUUUAACUGCUGUUCGAGCAAUAGGUGCUGGAAAUGGUGGUAAUCAGAUUGGUGGUUUGAAUACUGCAGAAGAAUUUCAUAACAAAGCUGGAGCAGAAAUUGGUAGAAUUGGAGCAGGUCUUGAACAACUCCUUUAUCUAUUUAGUACUUCUUAUACGACGGUUGAACACUUAAAACAAAUGGCAGUUUUUGGUCAACUCAUGGGUGUUGAAGAGUUCUCCACUCGAAUCAAAAAGUCUCAAACGGCUCAACAAAAUGCUGAUUUGCAGUCUACCAUUAAAUCCUUUCAAGAGACUAUGUCUCGAGCGACUAAAACUCUAGAUAAUAGUAAAAAAUCAUCUAAGAAGAGAGCAGAAGAUACUGCCAUUAAUCGCUUUUUGAGUGACUUACUAAGAAAAAAUCUAGGUAAACACUCUGCCGAUGAAUAUGAUCAUGAUCCUAUAGAAGAUAUUUCAGAUAGUUUAGCAGGAUUAACAUUAAAUAGUGUCAUAAAAACUGCUGAAACUAUUCGUAAAGUCCUCCAAAGUGAACUUAAAUUAAUUUUUUCUGAUCAUUUCUUCCAAGACCCUAUUAAAGCUAAUAUACUGAAUCAAGCACCUCUAAUCCAGGAAAAGAUAGAAUCUCCAAGCAAUACUUCUCUAAUCACCGAGGUAUGA